UUUUCGAUUUUUUUCAUAUACUUCAACAUUGCUCUGUAAAUUUCAGUUUAUUGCAAUCAAUUGUUAACAUAACUUGUAAUUUUAAUAAAUGUAACGCGGAAAAUCGGCAAUAUUAAGUACACAUCAGCAAUUUUCAUUAAUAUUUCUAUAUAUGUACACACAUACGUGUGUGCGUGCAAGGAUUUUGUGAAAAGUGCUAGCCAAAAGAUAGGAAAUGGGGCUGCGAAUUGUCUUGCUGCUAUUGCUCUCAGCCGGCGCCACGCUGGCGAAUUCCAAGAAUGCAGAUUCCUCAUUAGCACAAUUAGAAAAUAGCCUCAUUGAUAAACCAGAAUGCAAAGAAUUACGUUCACUUUGUGCACACAUCAAACAAACCGAUAAUAUAUCCGUAUUGGAGUGCGUCAGUACAUUUUCCUCCAGUCAAUUGGAGGCGGUGCCGGAUAAAUGCCAACAUGCUUUAUGGCUGCAACAGCGUAUAAUUCUAUCAGAUAGGUGGGUAAACGACCAGCUGGUACCACAACAUUGCAGCGCACAGCAGCAACAGUUGACUUCCUGCCUGAACGCUGUGAAUUUAUGGAAUUGUAUACACGAGCGUGCAAUGCGUAUGGAGCAUAGCAACGAAUGUCGCGCAUAUAUUUUGCGUGCAAUUGCGGUAUUUUUUCCAGACUUUGAUCAACUGGGCGAUUUUUUGAUUGGCUGUGGCUCUCAAGUUGAACAGCUGGAGUGCGGCCGUUUGAACUUAGAACGAAGGAGCAUGUCACAAAUUGAAACUGUGCAGUGUUUACAAGAGACAGCAGCUGAUUCACUGGAUGCGAGAUGCAAGGCGGAAUUGUCGCUGAUGGAACAACAGCGUAAGGAUUUGGAAUUCUUCGAGGCCUGCGGAGAUGACUGGCGACGAUUGUGUGGACAGGAACCUGCUGGCACAGCUGCGGCAUUCAAAUGUUUGGUUAAGAACAAAGCAGAUCCAACAAUGACACGGCGUUGUGUCGAAAAAAUUUCACAACGAGAUCGCGAAAUUGGUAAAGAUUACCGUCUUUCACAUGGUCUUGCUAAAGCUUGUAAGGACGAUAUCAAGCUAUAUCACUGCAGACGUGGUGUGUCAGAGGACAAGCAAGUGCGCUUGGCGCAAAUUUUACUUUGCCUUGAAUCGGUGGUGAAGAACGGCUCGUUAGUUUCGGCUGAGUGUCAAACGGAAAUUAACGAUCAUCGUCACAUGCUUAUGCAUGACUACAAACUGUCACCGGAAAUUCUCAGCGACUGCGCCGACGAUAUACCGAAGUUUUGCGCUGAUUUUGACAAGGCACAAGCGGUUAGAGGCAAUGCCAUCGGAAACGCAGAUAAUGGUCAGGUCAUUCAUUGCUUAAUGGAACAUGCCAGAUCCAAACGUAGAAAGGAUCGCCGAGUUACUGCGCAAUGCCAACGCUCCUUAGAAAAGUUAAUAAAAGCAGCUGACGUGGGAGAGGAUUGGCGCGUGGACCCAGUACUGCGCCGUGCAUGCAAGCCAGUCGUUGACGUGGCUUGCCGCGACACAGAUGCUGGUGAAGCGCGGGUAAUGUCAUGUUUGAUGGAACGAAUUGGCACACCGGUAAUGCGUCCAGACUGCGAGCAAGCGUUAAUGCUCAUACAGUAUUUUGUAGCGCGCGACUUCAAACUGGAUCCGCAGCUAUAUAAGCAUUGUCACGACGACGCGAUCAAAUACUGUCGCGCUAAACACGUGUGGGAUGAUGUAAACGACAAUCAAAUGGAUCCUGAACGCGGCCCACUCAUAUUGCCCUGCUUGCAUCGUAUCGCCUACAGUGAUGAUACUAAUUUGGCACUGCGCAAAGACUGCUUCAAAGAGGUGAAGCGCGUUAUGCGCCAGAGAGCUGUAUCUGUGGAUCUCAUACCUGAAGUCGAAGACGAAUGCAUCGAAGAUUUGUCCAUGUUUUGCUAUGAUCGCACACAGAAGGGUGCCGAAAUGGACUGUUUACAAACGAAUCUUGAAAAGCUUUCUCCGGCAUGUAAAAAAGCUGUUACGACCUACACGGAGGAGGAGGCGGAACACAUUGAAUUAAAUCCCGUCAUUAUGUCGGUUUGCAUUAAUGCAAUGCAAACUCAUUGUGAACACAUACUAAAAGGCGAAAGGGAUAACGGUGAUAUGAUGGAUUGCUUGAUUUCGCAUAAAAACGACGCAGACCUGCGUCAAGAUCUCAAAUGUCGCGCAGCAAUUGAACAUUUUCAAAUAAUUUCCCUGAAGAACUAUCAUUUCACAUACAAAUUCAAAACCGCAUGCCGUCCACAUGUAACACGCUUUUGUGCAGCAAGCACAACUAAAAAUGAGGUUGUCGCCUGCUUAAGCGAAGUGAUGCGCAACGACACCAUACGCGGACAACGUCACUCUAUACCAAAGGAAUGUCGGCAACAAGUCAAGGCACAACUCUACCAGCAACGCGAAUCUAUAUUACUUGACCCGAAAUUGGCUAAUGCAUGCAAAAAGGAGCUUGAGACAUUCUGUGGUGAUGAGAAAGGUCCUGGUCAGGUGAAUAACAAUGCCUUAGAAUGCUUGCAAACAAACACACAGCGGCUCGGAAGCUCCUGCCACCAUGCUAUUUUCCUAGUGAAACGCUCACAGCUUUCCGAUAGUGGCACGGACUUCACACUUGUCAACACUUGCAAGGAGAUGACAUACAAAUUUUGUAAUAAUGCUGACUCAGAGCACUUGCUGGACUGUCUAAAGAGUUACAAAGAUGACCCGCUGUUCGAUCCGCGCUGUCAUUUAGUCGUCGUAAAUCGCAUGAUUGAGCAAAAUACCGACUAUCGAUUCAAUCCGUCGCUGCAGCUGGCGUGCGGGAAAAAUAUCGAUCGUUAUUGCUCGCAUAUUGUGGCAACGGCACAGCCGAAUGAGGAGUUGAACGGCAUGGUCAUACAAUGCUUAAAAGACAAAUUCCGCGAAUCCCGUUUAGAUUAUGAUUGCACGCAAGAAAUGAUCAAAAUACUGCAGGAACAAGCCUUAAACUACAAGCUCAACCCACUGCUGCAGAACUUCUGCAAAUCUGAAAUAGAAGUACUUUGCAAGGCGAAUCAACAAAGCCGGGAGCAUGGCAUGGUUGAGGAAUGUUUAAAAACGGCUUUCCUUAAUCACAAAAUUAUAAAUCGUGAUUGUCGCGUUGAAGUUGCUACCUUGAUAGCUGAAGCCAAGGCCGACAUUCACGUAGAUCCUAUACUGCAGGAGGCGUGCACUGUAGAUUUGCUACGUUAUUGUUCGAAUGUGCAAAGUGGAAAUGGGCGAAAAUUAAAAUGUUUACAAGUCUUACUGAAAGACCAGUCAAAGGCCAUGGACCAGGAUUGUCGUAUGAAGUUACAGAAACGUAUAGAAAUGUUCCGCAAUGCAGAUACGGUAAAAGUGCUCGCUCAACCUCCGGAAAAUAUGGAAGAGCUCGUUAGUCAAGUUGUCGCGUCACCAGCGAAAAGAUUCUUCUUUAUUGUUUUAAUAUUUUCCAUUGGAAUGUUCUUCUUAAUGGGUAUUUUCCUUGGACGUAUAACUAAACGUGCAAUCAAUAUUAAAAAUAAAUAAACGUCCAAUAGAAUAGGAAAAAUGUGUGACACAA